UUUUGAGUUUAAACUUCAAACAAGCGAUUAAGGUACUAUGUCAUGUCGUGUAAUACAUUUGUUGGAUUUUUAGUUUUGGUUAGUGUUAAAAUUUCCAAAGGUGAACAUUUCAUAGUUACCAAUGAACAAACAAACUGGGACGGAACGCCCUGUGCACUUGGCGUUCCAAGCAUAUUUUAUACGGCCGAAACCGGCUGGAGAGUUAAGAAAUCAAACCUGCAACUAACCCACAAUUAUGAAGUUUGGAUCGGGUAUAUUGAGGCAACAUUUGUGUUUCAAUAUUUAGGUUGCUCUGAUGUUCCCCAAAUUGUGUCAGAAAACAUCACAUUUGUGAAUGAUGCUGGCGAAUGUUACUUUGCUUGCAGAGGUUUCUUCGGAAUUCAAAAUGCAUAUGUAAGUUUAGCGCUGAUUUUUUGUAUGCAUAGUUAUUUCGGUUGACAAUUCAUACACAAAUCCGAUGAAGUUUUAAUUGAGAUGUUAUUCUGCUAUUAAACAAGCCACAAAUUAGUCUAAUUAAUAAGAUACGUUCAGUAAAUUUCGAAUUCGAAACAUAUUCAAGUCCAAUAAUUCAAAAUACGGAGGGCGGCCUGACUCUUACGGGCCUGCACCGCGAUUCACGAUUAAAAUGAAUCUGAUGUAUAUCCUUGUUGAACUCGAGCUGGACUUAAGUACAUGUACAUACAAUAUUACUCUCUUUUAUAUUAAAAACAACAAACCUACGAUGCUAUUAAAUACAACAGAUGUAUAAUAUUCUGUUAUAAUCGUUGCUAUAUUACUAAAUAUAAAUUAAGUAAUUUGUCUUCACAUCCAAUGUCAAUUUUCCAAUCAUUUAUAUAUUAUUAUAUGAAAACUGUCGUCACAUUGAUCGCUAUAAUGUACGAAUGAAUACAUGUGUCAGUGGCUUUAAAAUGUUUUAAUUCCGUUAUUAGAUUUAAGUUGAAACCCAAACAAUCUUGACUUUCUAUCAUGGGCAACUUUGUAUUAUUUCAAAACCGAUUAUAUAAACUACUUAUUAAUAAAUGUAAGGACCCAUAAAUUCGAUGUAUGUAUUGACCAUGAUGGGCCUACUUAUGAAACCUUAACGGUUAUGUUAAGUCUAAUAGUAUUACAUUUUCCAUUGAUAACGUUCUGCUCACUCUAUAGGUUUACUUUCGUUAUUAGAUACUGUCUUUCUUAUUUGAAAUUCUUAUCAUAAAUAUUUGCCCAUAAAGUUUAAGGAAGAAUCGGUAAUGCUUUAAUUUUGUAAUCGGUAAAUCGUUUUAAUCUAUAAAAUAAAGUGAAUAACAAUUUCAUACACAUUUAAUUUACAUUUACACUAUAAUAUACUCGAACAAUGACGUUGGCAUAACGUAACAAACAUUGUAAGUACGAAGAGUGUUAAAUAUAAAUUAUUUUCAUAAUUAUCAUAAUUUUCAUAAUUAUUAUUUAGAACAAUGCAUUUAUUUAUUUAUUUAUUUAUUAUUUUGACACAUAUCCGAUGCUGGUGUGUCCACAACGUCUAUGCCCCUGUGGCCGGCAGAUAUUGCACCGACUCGUGCGGAAAUCCGAAAAUAGUGUGUGGACAACAACAAAGCAAUUUCUUCUCGGUGUUUAACAGAAAACUGAAUGAGAUACCAAUCUUCGGCGAUUCACUUCAACAUGAUGACAAAUGCCUUGUGUUUAAACCGCCCCAAACAUAUUCCUGGAAGGAAUGUACUGAUUUCCACAGGUUGUUGUGCAGCGAUGUUAUAGAUGGACGAAGGACUGCAAUAGUACAGCCUCAAUAUAGUCAUCAUUGGUAUCAAGCCAAUAUCGAUUGCUUUGAUCAAGACCUAUUUCCAGCAACUCUUGAGAGCAUACGAAAUGCUAACGUUAGUGACGUCGAUACCACAUAUCACUGGACAAGCUACAUACGUACAUCUUUAGUUAUAAAGGCAAAUAUUGAAGGUUUAAAACUUGAAGCCAACAAUGUCCAGUAUGCCUACAUGUCACCAGAUGGAAAAGUGAAUUUCACAGAAAGCGGUCAACGACGCGCUCUUUGCGAAGAUGCGAAAGAAACUUCUACACAACCCACAGAUUCGAGCACAGUAGACCACAUUGUUUCUUCACAAACAAAUUUUAGAACUCGUUCAACAGACAUCAGCAGCACACAACUACCUGCACAUUCAACUGAGACUAACAAAAGAGAGUUCCUUGGUAUAGGACUAGGUAUUGGUGUGCCAGUUGGAAUCGCAUUGUCGAUCGGAGGACUAGCUAUUAUUGCUUUACUCAGAAAAAGAAGAUUUGUAUCAUGUGUGAAGACAGAAUCAAGUUCAGACAACAACGAACCAACGUGUAAGAGAGCUGAACCGUACAAUGACGACUUGGCUGAUAGAAAUGAAAAAGACACUAACUACUGUUCGGUGGACAGAUAUCGAAAUGUUGAUUCAGAUGAAAGUAGUGUUCGCUAUGCGAAUACUGAACAGUAGGAGUGGAUAAUAUACAUCAAUAAAAGUCCUGUUAACAUGUGUUUGAAGAUACCCGUCAACGGAACAAUACAACGUUAUCUUAAAGUCGUGACAUAUUUUCUAUUUUAAGCACUUAUCUGAGUUAUCUGAAUCAUGCUUCGAGAGUGGUGAUAACAGUUUAAAGUUUAAAGGAGGUUAUGUGUUUUGCAAACCGUGUACAUCACGUUUUACAGGUGGACACUUUUUGGAAGAGAGUUAACAGAAGCGUUUACAAAUUAUGUACGUGAUAAUUCAAAUAUACAUUAUCCGCGAUAUACACUUUGUGUAACAUAACGACGAGAACUUGUUUUGUACAAUAGAAAAAAUAUAACGUAUCCAAAAAUACUAAAUAAUGUCGACGACUUAAAGUCGAAUGCUCUAGACUAUCGUAAAUAGCUUUCAGAUAGCAAUACUCAUGGAAU